UUUCUUUCAAUUUCUUUUUGGGCCAUUGACGCGGAAAUCCAUUAGACUGCAGGAACACUAUCGCCACAAACAAAUAGCAGUCUCGCAAUUUCAAAUUCCAAAUUUAUUUCUCUCUUUCACAGAUCGGAAUGAGGUUGAGCGGAAGGACAAAACCGUCAAAAGAAACUUCAUUGAAUCUCAUAGUAGUCGAUCCACGAUCAAAAAUUAUUUCUUCUCUUAUUCUGAAGUUGCGAUCAUGGUCGGAUACAUAUAUUCGAAAAUCUGUUUCAUUUUUCAACGUUUUUGUCACAAUAAUCAUACCGACCAAAUUGUGGAGGAAAAAAAAUCAUCAGGUUAAUGAUGUAGCCGCCUGUGAUCGAAUAACAUUCGAAGGGGAUACAGAUUUAGAAGACGAUACAGAAAAGGAAUUAAUGUCACUUGGUGUUGGUGGAUUGGCUAAAAUUUACGAUUUUAUCAUGGAAAAGGUGUUUGAUACUUCAUUGCGAAGCGCUGGGCAAUUUACACGGUUAAAGAUCAAUAAUGUUAAAGGGAUGCUUCUCUAUGGGCCACCUGGGACUGGGAAAACAUUAUUGGCAAAAGCACUUGCAAAGAUGCUACACGCUAAGGUUGUUAUGGGGCCUAUGUUGAUGUCAAGCUAUGGAGAUGAAUCAAAACACAGUUUGAGAAAGCUAUUUGAUGAUGCUAUAAAUGAUUAUAAAAAAUAUGGAGAUCAAAGUCCACUCCACAUGAUCAUUUUUGAUGAAAUUGAUUGCUUCACUCAGGGCUCUGGGAUAGUUCAUCAAUUGUUGGGAAUGAUUGAUGGCGUCAAUGCAUAUAAUAAUAUCUUUAUUAUUGGAACAACGAGUAGGAUGGAUUUAGUCGAUGAGUCACUCUUGAGACCUGGCAGACUGGAUCUCCGCAUUGAAAUUGGGAUUCCUAAUGAGAAAGGUCGUGUAAACAUAUUAAAGAUUCACACACAAAGGAUGAACCAUUGUGGUUUACUCCAUUCAGAUGUGAACCUUGAACAAAUAGCUUCCAUGACUGUUGGUUGGACCGGGGCUGAGCUUGCCAGUGCUGUUAACUCUGCUCUCUCCAAUGCUAUUGUCCGUGCAGAUCCUAAUAUGAUAGGGCAAGUAAAUAAGAAGCAGAUUAGAGUAAAACAAGCAGACUUUCUUCAUGGUGUUCGAGUUAGUAUCCAUGAUAAAUGAUGGAAGAAAUUUCAGUAUAAUAUAUAUAAAUAUUUAUCUGAUGUAUAAUAAAUAUAUGUUGAUAACAUAUAAUAGUUUGCCUACGCAUGAAUCCAACGCUAAUUUCUGUAACUUUUACCACAUUUUGCGAGACACUUAUAUGUCACGAAACUUGCGAAUUUUGAUUA